CUAAGCAAGCUGAGUUGAGUCAUUUUCUCUCUCUUGACCACCUCUAUAUCUGUGUCAUAAUCUCACACUUCUUCAUCACCCUUUCUUCUCUCUCAUCUCAUUCAUAGAUAAUAGAUUCUAUACACUAUUUCGCUCUUUCCAAAGAAAACACCUUCCUAUAAAACAACAACAACAACUAUGGACUCAUCAUCCUCCUCUUCACCCCCCACAAACGCUAACAACACCUCCCUCGCUUUCUCUCUUUCCAAUCACUUCCCUACUCCUUCACACUCUCUCUUCCACUCCUUCACCCCUUUUCCUCCCCCAACAGUACCAUCUCUCACCCUCGACACAUCGCCGGAGCCAACUCACACAAGAACCACCAACCUCUCCAUAUUCACCGGCGGACACAAGCUCGAAAACUUUCUAGGAAACUCCACCGCCACCACAUAUGCACCCACACAGCUUCACCAUCUUCCCACCGACAUAUACGACUCCGAGCUGAAAAAAACAAUAGCCGCUUGCUUCCCUCAUGGCUACCCAACCGAACCAAACUCCGAACCUCCCAAACCUUCUCCUAAGAAAACCGUCGACACCUUCGGCCAACGCACCUCCAUUUACCGUGGCGUCACCCGACAUAGAUGGACAGGGAGAUAUGAAGCUCAUCUAUGGGACAAUAGUUGCAGAAGAGAAGGACAAAGUAGGAAAGGAAGACAAGUUUAUUUAGGUGGUUAUGAUAAGGAAGAAAAAGCAGCUAGAGCUUAUGAUCUUGCUGCUCUCAAGUACUGGGGUCCAACCACCACUACAAACUUUCCGAUUUCCAACUAUGAGAAAGAGCUUGAUGGCAUGAAGAACAUGACUAGGCAAGAAUUUGUUGCUUCUCUAAGAAGGAAGAGUAGUGGUUUUUCAAGAGGAGCAUCAAUUUACCGAGGAGUAACGAGACACCACCAGCAUGGUCGAUGGCAGGCAAGGAUAGGGAGAGUUGCCGGAAACAAAGACCUCUACCUUGGCACUUUCAGUACACAAGAAGAAGCUGCUGAAGCUUAUGAUAUAGCAGCAAUCAAAUUCAGAGGACUAAAUGCAGUUACAAACUUCGACAUGACUCGCUACGACGUAAAAAGCAUCGCAAAUAGUUCUCUUCCCAUAGGCGGUUUAUCGAAUAAAAACAACAAAUUUUCUACUGAUUCUUUAUCCGAAAGCAAAGGUCUCGAAGUCGCGAGUAUAUCAGAUGAAAGAAAUCAACCAACACCAUUUACAAUAUCACAACAACCUUCAAGUUCUACCUUAAGUUUCGCCGUUCCGAUUAAACAAGAUCCUUCUUCAGAUUACUGGUCCAAUAUUCUUGGAUUCCAUAGUAAUAAUAAUCCUAGUCAUGUUGUGGUUCCAUCUACCACACCCUUCAACAUGGAUUUUUCUUCUCAUGCAACACCUUCGAGUACAAACAGUGAUAACAAUGGAGGUUUCUUCAGUGGAUUUGUUCAGCAUCAACAAGAUGGAAAUAAUGGAAGCAGUUCUUCAUCUUCAUCAUCAACAUCAUCAUCUUCAACAAGUUCAAUUCCAUUUGCUACACCAAUAUUUUCUUUAAGUAGUACAAAUAGUUAUGGAAAUAACUGGAUUAAUAAUGGACACGCAUUCCAAACACAUGCAAAACCAAGUCUGUUUCAAACACCAAUAUUCGGAAUGGAAUGAGGUCAUGCAUUCAGGUAGAGAAGAAGAUGAGAAUCUGUGCAAAUAAUAAUAAUAAUAAUAAUAAUGAAUGAUGAAAAUGUUGAAGGACACAGUGGUGGUAACAUGCAAUAGAAGCAGAAAAGAAGAAGGACUAGUCUUGAGUAGUUUCAUGAGAUAGCUAUAUUGCUGACACUGUGUACUACUACUACUACUAACUCAAAGUUGCUUUGUUUGUUUUGAGUCUUGAAAUUUUGCUUUGUUUUAGAAGUUUUGCGUUUUGUCCCUGUUGAUCAAGUUGCCUGAUACGUGAAAGACAUUGAAUGCAGUGUAUUAAAAAGUGUUUAUUGAUUGACGUAUAAAAUGUAGAGAUAAAGAUGAGAAUUAGAAGUUUGACGUUUAUUGUGA